AUGUUGAAAUCACAGAGCUUCAAACCCAUCUUUCUCAACCUCACAACAAUACUCUUUCCAAUCUCAAAAUUCAAUUCUCGUUACUCUUCGACCAUUUCACAACAAAACCAAUUCACCGUUUCAUAUCUCGUCGCCAAUUUCGGUUUCUCUUCAGAAACCGCUACAAAGGUAUCAAAACGCUUUCAUUUUGACACUUCCGAAAAGCCAGAUUCAGUAAUCGCCAUCUUCAGAAACUACGGUUUCUCUGAUUUCCAGAUAAAGAACCUUGUUAGACAAGCACCCAACAUUCUUAAAUGUGACCCUAACAAAAGGGUUUUGCCAAAGUUUCAAUUUUUACUCUCAAAAGGUGCUUCAAAUUCUGACAUUGUGGAGAUUGUAAGCAGAAGCCCUAGAAUUCUCUACUCAAGUCUUGAGAAUAGCAUAAUUCCUACUUUUGAAUUGGUAAGAAGGUUCCUUCCAUCUAAUGAGAAAGCUAUUGAACGAAUACUUCAAUGUAAAUUUUUCUUUGGUCAUUAUCAGUUUAUUAGGAAUGUCAAGUUGUUGCUUGAUGAUGGAGUAACAGACUCAAAUUUAAGACAUUUGUUACUCAAAAGACCGUCUAUAUUAUUAUCUCAUGACAUGAGGAGUGCUUUGGAUAUGGUUAAGAAAAUGGGAUUUAAUGAUCCUUCUAAUGUAAAUUUUUGUACAGCAUUGUUAGCUAAAAGGGCCAUGUCGAAAUCCCGGUGGGAUGCGAAAGUUGUUGUCUUUAAGAGAUGGAGUUGGUCUGAUGAAAUGGUUUUAGAAGCGUUUAGGAAGCGGCCCUCGUGUAUGCUAUCAUCCACAGAGAAGAUUAAUAAGGUCAUGAGAUUUUGGGUGAAUGAGUUGGGUUGGAACUCUUCGGCUCUUGUUAAAAGGCCAGAUAUUUUUCAGUAUAGUUUGGAGAAAAGGAUCAUUCCGAGGGCUUGUGUUGUUUCAUAUCUGAUCUCCAAAGGUUUGAUUGAAAAGAAUGUUGAAUUGUCUACCCCUUUUGCUGUUAAUGAAAAGGUGUUUCUUGAAAAGUAUGUGCAAUGUUUUAAAGAGGAAAUGCAUAAUUUGUUAAAGCUAUACCAGGAGAAAAUGGAUGGUAAGAAAAUCAAGGAAAAUGGUGAAGCGCCGGGAAGCUAUUGA